GUAACCUGUCAGUGUUAGCUAGGGUUUACUAGUAGAAGGUAUCAUCUUCAUUCUUCAGACGAAAUAAACAAGUGAACAUCUAAUUUCUUUUAAGAGGAUUAAGUUGAUUUCUUUGAUUCAACUAUGGAGGAAUCAGGAUCAACACCAGCUUCCGUUAACUCAAAUGCAUUGUUGCCACCACUACAUCCUCCUCCAAGAUCUUCUAACGCCUCUACUGAAGUUAGUUCAGUUGCAAAAGUACCAACUGCUGGUGAAGCUCCAUCUGCACCAGCUGCCAAUGUUUCCGAUGCUGGUACCAUCACUGUCACUGCACCAGCUUCUAAGAAGCGGAAGAAAACUUCAUGGGUUUGGGAUCACGUUGAUCUGGACCCUCCUCCUUCGAUAAUGGCUGGGAGGCGUAUUCUCGAUCCAUAUCGAAGUUCUUUACUUCCCACAACAGUUGAGGCAUUGAUUUGUGCUCAAAAUUGGUUGAAGACGCCGAUUGAUCUUGAUACUUCUUCCUUGGGACCAGAAGAGGAAGUUAGUUCAGAAUUUUUGGACUCUCUCUCUAAAUCCAUGUUCGUAAACAUAACAGAUGAUGAUGUUGAGGACUAA